GCGUACAGACGCUUCCGGAAUAUUCUCGAAGAGUGUGGGUAUAUAUGCACGGAGCAGAAGCGCGUAAGGGUUUAGUUUGACGAAGUCGUGUGAGUUGUGCUGUCGCUCGUGUGUUUGUUUAAAUUAUUUGCAGAAUCUUCUACAUCGUUGUAAAUCGUUGAAGAUGGGGAAAGAUUAUUACAAAAUCCUGGGAGUCCCCAAAAGUGCCACAGAUGAUGAAAUUAAAAAAGCUUACCGCAAGUUGGCUCUGAAGUACCAUCCUGACAAAAAUAAGAGCCCAGGUGCAGAGGAAAGGUUUAAGGAGGUAGCUGAAGCCUAUGAAGUUUUAAGUGAUAAAAAGAAGAGAGACGUGUAUGACAAAUACGGCGAGGAAGGGCUGAAGGGAGGUGCACCUGGUGCAGCUGAAGGUGGUGGACCUGGAUUCACUUACACAUUCCACGGCGAUCCACGUGCAACAUUUGCCCAGUUCUUCGGGUCUUCAAGCCCAUUCCAAGCUUUCUUUGAAAUGAGUGGGCCUGGUGGCAACAGAAUCUUUGAUGACAUGGAGUUAGAUGAUCCAUUUACCUCAAUGGGCAUGAAAUCAGGUGGUCCUGCUUUCAGAUCUCAUUCUUUCAACUACCAUCCUGGUGGAUCUCCUACUCGUAGCAAGGACAAAAUACAGGAUGCUCCAAUUGAACAUGAUUUAUAUGUAACAUUAGAGGACAUUCUGCGAGGUUGCACCAAGAAAAUGAAGAUAUCAAGGAAGGUUUUGCAGCCUGAUGGUUCUACACGUAAAGAGGAUAAAGUGUUGACAAUAAGUGUGAAACCUGGUUGGAAGGCAGGUACGAAAAUUACCUUCCAGCGUGAAGGGGACCAAGGCCGAAACAAAAUUCCAGCUGAUAUUGUUUUCAUAAUAAGAGACAAGCCACAUCCUCUUUUCAAGAGAGAAGGAAGUGACAUCCGCUUCACUUCAAAAAUUACUUUGAAACAGGCGUUAUGUGGAACUGUCGUCCAGGUUCCUACGCUGACAGGCGAAAAAAUUCCUAUAAAUCUCACAAAUGAGAUAGUGAAACCAACUACAGUGAAGCGCAUUCAGGGUCAUGGUCUGCCAUUCCCGAAGGAACCAAGCAGGAAAGGGGACUUGUUGGUUUCAUUUGAUAUUAAAUUCCCUGAUGUUCUCUCGCAAAGUGUCAGAGACAUUUUAUAUGAUACAUUGCCAAAUUGAAUGUUAAUGUGGGGGUAUUUUAUGGUUAAAGCUGUUUAAGUGAAGUCUGUUCUCCUACUUGCAAUGCAGAUUCAUUCAUCUUUUCCAUGUAGAAUGUGAUUAUCAUUUUUCGUUCUUUGUUGGUUUGGCAGUUACAUGAAAAGACUGUUGUAAAGAGUGUGUGUUCCUUUUAUGCUGUGUGAUCUGAGAGUGAAUCUGCUCUUCUGUGCAAGUGUGUGUGUCUAGAUUUUCCUUAAAUUGCUGCAAGAAUGUUAUGUGAGAAUGUGGCAAUGUUGACUGAAUAUAACAAAAUGGUGACAGUGUCACUAUCUCGUUCUUGUCUAUAUUUGUAAUAAAUUUAAUUAAAGAUUUAAUUUUUAUUUGUAAACAUUAUUAUUUUCCAAUCUGUAUUUUGUACGUUUUAGUACAAUGCUAUAUUGUCUGCCUGUUCUGUGGGCCUGCAUACAUAUUGUAAAUAAUUAGUUUGUGAAUAGUAUUGUGUAACCAAUAGCUUAGCUAAUAAAAUUUGUAUUAAAGUUG